AGAUCACCGACUCUCCCUUCCGCAAUCAAUCCCACUCAACAUCCCCAGAUUUGAUUCCAUCUCCAUGGCUAAUGCCUGGAGAAGAAACCAACCGACAAAGAUUCUCACCCCCAGGAAUCUCCUCCUCUUCAUCUCCUCAUCCCUACUCCUCCUCAUCUUCUUCUACCUCACCUCUCAGUCCCAGACGACCAAUAAUACCCCAUACCUCAACUCCCUCAAAACCCCCAUCUUUCACCGCGCUAUAAACCCUUUCGAUUGCUACGCUUCACCCCAAGCUCAUCCCGUUUUCGCCAAUGUCGUCGAGGGUCUUAAACACCCAUUCCUCUACUCCCUUUCCGACUUCGGUAAUUUGCCAGAGAAGCCCCACAAGAAUAUCAACAGAACUCUCAAGGGGAAGGCGUUCAGGAAGCCUGAUAUAUCUCAGACUGUGCAGGAGUUGCUGGAGAAGAUGAAAAAGGAGGAUCGGAAUGGGAUUUUUGUGGAUGUUGGGGCUAAUGUAGGAAUGGCUAGUUUCGCAGCUGCUGUUAUGGGGUUUAAAGUUUUGGCCUUUGAGCCUGUGUUUGAGAACUUGCAGAAGAUUUGUGAAGGCAUAUACUUCAAUAGAGUUAGGGAUUUGGUGGAGGUGUAUGAAGCCGCUGCCUCAGAUCAUUUGGGGAAUAUUACAUUCCACAAGUUGGUUGGUCGGCUUGACAAUAGUGCGAUCUCAGCCACCGGUGCCAAGUUGGCAUUCCAGUCUAACGAAGAGAUCGCUGUUCAAGUAAAGACGAUUCCUCUUGAUGAUGUGAUUCACGAGUCAGAGCCAGUACUGCUGCUUAAAAUAGAUGUCCAAGGAUGGGAGUAUCACGUACUUAAGGGCGCCUCAAAGUUACUGUCGAGAAAGAAAGGCGAAGCCCCUUACGUGAUAUAUGAGGAAGAUGAGCGUUUGUUGCAAGCCAGCAAUAGCAGCGCAAAACAGAUUAGGGAGUUUCUACGAACCGUGGGAUACACCCGUUGCACUCAACAUGGAACAGAUGCACACUGCACCAAAACAAAUUGACGAAAUUAUUAUUCUGUUGUCUAGGAUGAAAAUUCAGAUGGAGCCUAACGAGGGAGCAGUUGACCAAAAUCGCCAACUUUCCAUCAAGUAUGGAUUACGAUUUACGAUUACCUCAUUGACAAUAAUAACAGGUUUUUGAGAUUUGAUUAGGAGAAUGUUUUGGAGGCCUCAGCUCGUUAGUUGAUACCGAUUGUGAAGCAUUGAAAGCGAACAAGGAGGAUUCAGCUGUGAUCCAGAGAAGAGAAUAGUACAACAAGAUACUGCGGGUGUAGGGUGGAGGCAACGCCUUCUUGAUCUCCCCAGAUCGAUUAAAAACCGGAGAAAAGUCAGUCAGGCUGUGGAGAAAUAAGUUGGUUUUGCAACUUUCAUAAGAUUGAAGCAAUACUGUACCUUUUCCCCAUUGCUGAUUUCUCCCUGUUCUUGAAGGUGUUCAGCUGUUAAAUAUUACACUUAAAAUUCUUUCAGAACUCAUAAUUCUUGUUUCUUUUUGGGGAUUGCAUUGGUAGAUUCUGAUUUUUGUCAGUAAA